AACGCGGUGAAAAUAAAAUAGAAAGAGCGAUGAUUAUUCAUUUCAGAUCCUAACGUGAAAUCUCCUCUGUGUUGUUUCUCGAUCUGUAUUACAUUCUUCUACCAGAUUUCAAUAUCAUCGCCAGGAAGAUCCGGAAAUGGCAACGGAGAUCGGAGAGAUGUCUCCCCCGGAGACGACGGCGAGUCUGCUCUCCCUCGCUUCCGCCUCUCAGCAACCGUACGUCUCCGAGCUCCUCUCCUUCACUCUCGAUCGUCUCCACAAGGAGCCGGAGCUGCUUCGAGUGGACGCGGAGCGGAUCCAGAGGCAAAUGCAAGAGGUCGCGGUUGGGAACUACCGCGCGUUUAUCACCGCUGCGGAUGCGUUGCUCGCGAUCCGCCAGGAAGUUUCCUCAAUCGAUAAGCAUCUCGAGUCUCUGAUUGGUGAAGUCCCGAAACUAACGUCUGGCUGCACAGAGUUUAUCGAGUCUGCGGAGAAUAUUCUGGAGAAGAGGAAGAUGAACCAGGCUUUGCUGGCAAAUCACAGUACUCUGCUUGACUUGCUUGAGAUUCCUCAGCUUAUGGAUACAUGCGUGAGAAACGGAAACUUUGACGAAGCGCUUGACCUGGAAGCAUUUGUGUCGAAACUUGCAACUAUGCAUCCCAAAUUGCCUGUGAUCCAAGCACUUGCAGCGGAGGUUCGACAGACAACUCAGUCACUUCUCUCACAGCUUCUCCAGAAACUGCGCUCAAAUAUACAGUUGCCAGAAUGUCUCCGGAUUAUUGGAUACUUAAGGCGAAUAGGAGUCUUUGGCGAGUAUGAAAUGCGAUUACAGUUCUUAAGAUGCCGUGAGGCAUGGCUCACUGGAAUUCUCGAGGAUCUAGACCAGAAAAAUGCUUAUGAGUAUUUAAAAGGCAUGAUAAACUGCCACAGAAUGCACCUCUUUGAUGUGGUUAAUCAAUAUCGAGCUAUCUUUGCCGAUGAUACAUCGGGGAGCGAAGAAAAUUACGAUGGUGGACUUCUGUUUAGCUGGGCCAUGCAUCAGAUAACAUCGCACCUGAAGACUCUGAAAAUUAUGCUCCCAAAGAUAACUGAAGGAGGAUCUCUAUCAAAUAUUUUGGAUCAGUGCAUGUACUGUGCAAUGGGGCUUGGUUGGGUUGGGCUAGACUUCCGGGGCUUGCUUCCUCCUCUUUUUGAAGAGGCGGUUCUAAACAUGUUUUCCAAGAACAUGAGCACAGCAGUUGAGAAUUUCCAAUUAGUUUUGGACUCGCAUCGAUGGGUUCCGUUGCCAUCUGUUGGCUUCCCAUCAAGUGGUAUUAAUGACGAUAGCAAAGAUGACGUCACACCUCCAUCAUACUUGAUGGAACACCCGCCUCUUGCAGUUUUCAUAAACGGUGUAUCUGCUGCUUUGAACGAACUACGUCCUUGUGCCCCGCUAAGUCUAAAGAAUGUGAUUGCUCAUGAAUUGAUCAAAGGGCUUCAGGCUGUCUCUGACUCCUUGCUAAGAUACAACACAACUCGGAUGCUUCGACUCAAUGAAUCCAAUCUCUUCCUCUCACUUUGCCGAGCUUUCGUCGAGGUGGUGUUUCCACAUUGCGCCACAUGCUUUGGCCGGUGUUACCCAGGUGGUGCUAGUAUAGUUAUGGAUGCCAAGAGUGCAUACGAAGGUCUAAGUCGCAUCUUAGCCGCUUCGUCCUCUCCAGAACCAUCCAACAAACUAGCAAAGACCAUCAGCAUCGACGCAACGAGUGCAUCAGAGAACGGUGUAACGUCCCAAGCCGAAGAAAAACAAGUGGAGAGUCCGAACGAGAAAGAAGAGAACAGUCCCGUUCCCUUGCAGAUUCCUGAGACAACACAAGACGAGUCUUGAGAAUUUUCUUAAUUUUUCUUUUGAAGGAAUUCUCAAAAAAAAGAGAGAGUGAAAAUUAAUACAUCAAUAGAUUAUCUAUAGUAUAAAUUUCAUUGCACUAUGUUUGGAGACUUGGAUUCAAAUCGUAUAUGAUUUGUUUAUUUAGUGUUUUGAUUGUUUUCUAAUGUAAAAUCCACUAAUAACUUUGGUCCCGUUCUUCAGAUGUCACAUAUAUAUUUUUGAAGA